AUGAGAUGCACUUUUCCAACUCUUGAUAAAAAGUUGGAGAAAUUCUUCGCCUGGUACACUCGAAACUUUUUAGUCGACUAUUAUUAUGUGAGUUUUGAUUUUUUUUUAUUUUUUUGGGAAACUUUUUGAUUUCAGGUUUUUCUAAUUGCUCCAAUAAUAUUAACUGGAUUUUGCGGUGCUGGAUUUUAUUGGAUAAAAGAAUUAACACUUCUAGAUGCUAGGAAAUUAUAUACCCCAGUAGCUUCGCCUUCAUGGAGAGAGGAAAAUGUAUUCAGUGAGGUAGGCCUUCAUAUUUUUAUAAAAAUGUAAUUUCUUCGGACCAAUAAAAUUAUUGCAGCUCUGGCCAGUGAAAUCUUUCGAAUUUCUGCCUGAACGAACAUUUCAAUGGAAUCGUUAUCUGUAUCUUGUUGUUCACGGAAGACCGUUUGAUAACGGAACUUAUCCCAAUUUAUUAGAAGGAACUUAUUUAGAUGAUAUCGCUAAAAUCGAAAAUGAAGUUGCCGAAAAUGUAACAUUUAUUAGAGAAGCUGCACUUCUUGAUAAUCCAGCUUUGAUGAGAAAAAGGCAUACAAAUGAUACAGAUAUAGAGUUGAUGAAUACAACCAUGACAUUCAAGGUAACCAAAAAAUUUAAAUUUUUUGUAAACUUGAAAUUCUUUAGGAUGUUUGUAUGAAUUGGUAUGGUGAUUGUUAUCGAGAGAAAAAUGUGAUAGAAAUGUUAAAACGUCGACAUGAAUUAGAUGCUCGAGGAAUAUCUGUCACAUUUCCACAAGUAAAUCAAGAAGGAACUCCAAUUUACAUCGCUUUCGUAAUUGGAGGCGUCGACACAUUUCCAAAUGACACAAUCAAAUCAACAAAAGCAAUGAGACUUUGGUAUUUUCUGAAAUUCGAUGAUGAAGAACAAGAUCAGCUCGCAAAAUAUUGGGAAGAUUCGGCUGAACAAUUUGUUCGUGAAAAAUAUGCGGAUCAUCCAACAAUUCAAUGUCAUAUAAAGCAUUCGAGAAUUUUGGAUCAGGGUUUGACGAGAAACGCUAACCGAUUAAAACCAUAUUUCAAUGUCACAAUAGCUGUUCUCGUCCUUUUUACAGCCUUUUAUUCGGUUAAAUGGUAUUUCCAUACGAAGGAUAAUAAAUGGACAGGUGGGCAAGAUCUCUCGAAAAUCGGGGAGAAAAAAAAAGUUUCAGUUCAUAUCGAUUGGUUGAGAAGUAAACCAAUGUUAGCUCUCGGAGGGGUUCUAUCUUCUGUUCUUGCGAUUAUUUCUGGUAUCGGAUUGAUGCUUUGGUUUGGAAUGUUUUUUGCCGAAAUUACACUCAUCGCUCCAUUUUUAGUUCUUUGUAAGUUUUCAAUUUUUUUUAGAAAACAUCACAUUAAAAAAUGUUUUAUAGCAAUCGGAGUGGAUGAUAUGUUCAUCGCUGUCGCUGCCUGGCACAACACAGAAAUGAAAUAUCCUGGAAGAUCAGAAAAAGUGUUGAAACAACGAAUGGUCGAAGCAAUGUCCGAAUCAGCGGUCGCUAUUUUCAUCACAUCUUUCACUGAUGUUUUAUCUUUCGGAGUUGGAACAAUUACAGAUAUUAUAGCUGUUGAAGGUUUUUGUGCAAUGACAGCUGCUUGUAUGUUCUUCACAUUCCUUUAUCAAAUAACAUUUUUUGCCGCUUUGAUGGUAAUAUCAGCAAAAGCGCAAAUGAGCGGAAGAAAUUCGUGUAUGCCUUGUAUUUCGGCAGAAGAUAUUUAUACAAUUGAAGAUGGAUCAUUGCAAAAGAAGAAAAAAAGUAUCAAAAGUUGAAAAGGAACCCGAAAUUGAAAAGAAAGCAGAGGGAUCUUUGGAUAGUUCCUCUUCAGAUCCAUCUGAAAUUCAUAUCGCUGUGAAAAGUCGCGGUGCAAUGGGACAUUUCUUCCGAGAUUAUUAUGUUCCAUGGCUUUUGAAUUGGAAAACUAAAUUAGCAAUGUUAUUCGUUUUCAUUGGUUAUUUAGCUAUUUCGAUUUAUGGAAUGUGUAUUAUGGAACAAGGUUUAGAUUAUGACAAAUUAUUAUUACAUUCUGAUCCACUUGUUGAGGCACUUCGAAGAGAAAUUGAUUUGUUCCAUGGUGGAGAUCAAAUCGAAAUUGCGAUUCAGAAUGCACCAAACUUAACAAUCGCAGAAAAUCGUGAUAGAAUUGAAACAAUUGCACAAGAGUUUGAAAAUAUUUCUUACGGUAACUAAGAUUUUUAGCUCAAGUUUUCAAUUACUAAAUUUCCAGCACUUGGUGGAAAAGGAACAUCAUUUUGGUUACGAGAAUAUAUAAAGUAUAGCAAUGUCACCGGUUCUUAUAUGAAUGAUGAUCGAGAAAGUUGGGUGAUCGGAGUUUAUGAAUGGUCCCAAUUAUUUGCAUUUUAUAAACUUUGGUCGCAAGAUUUUGUAUGGAAAAAUGAAAGUGAUUACGAUACUUUGGAACUAAAAGCAUACCGUUUCCGAAUUGGAGUUCAUCGAUUAUCAACACCAACAGAUCUUGUAUUAGUAACUGAUGAAUUGCGAGCUGUUGCAGAUCGACAUUCUGAUUUAGAUAUUGUGACAUAUCAACAAUCAAGAGCAAUUGCAGAUCAAUUAAAUGUUAUUAUCAGUUCAACACUGACCAAUGAUUUUCUAGCAAUGUUCUGCAUGUUUUGUGUGGCUCUCAUUUUUAUUCCAAAUCCGAUUUGUGCAGUUUUCAUCACAAUUGCAAUGAUCACAAUUGAUGUUGGUGUUGUUGGAUUAUUAUCUUUAUGGAGUGUUAAACUCGACCCAAUUUCUAUGAUCACAAUUAUCAUGUCAAUUGGUUUCAGUAUCGAGUUUUCUGGUAAAAAAUAUUUUUCAAUAAUUGAAAAAUUGUGAAUAUUUCAGCUCACAUUACUCACGGAUUCGUCAGCAAUGAGAAUAAUCUAUCAGCGUUUGAUCGAUGUGUUGAUGCUAUGGAAAAACUUGCAUGGCCAGGUAGAAAAAAACAAAAAUUUUGAAAAUAAUCCAAAAUUCUGAAUUUCAGUGGUCCAUGGAAGUUUGUCAACAAUUCUGGGUGUAACAGUUCUUGCAUUCAUCGAUUCUUACAUGGUUCUAGUAUUCUUCAAAACAAUCUUCCUUGUUCUCGUAAUCGGUGCCUGGCAUGCUUUGAUGCUUCUCCCAAUUCUUUUAUCAAUCGUCAUUCCAUUGUUAGAAAACUUUGCCGAAAAAGCGAGACGUGCCAAACUUCGCCGAAAAAAUCAGAAUAAAAAUAGUGUUUAUGCCAUCAAUUUGCCAGUGAAUGUAUCAUCCUAG